AUGAAAUACGACAAGUACGACAUAGAUAAGCAGAGGGAACUCAACAACGUUUCUGGGGACGAUGGAUUUGCUCGUCUAUACGGCGCCGUCGAGGCUGACCUCGAAACAGCUUUACAGAAAUCGGAGAUGGUAUCAACCGAGAAGAACAGGGCUACUGCUGUUGCUAUGAAUGCCGAGAUUCGAAGGACAAAGGCUCGUUUGCUUGAGGAGCUCCCCAAACUGCGAAGACUUGCCCCUAAAAAGGUGAAAGGGCUUUCGAAAGAAGACCUCGUUGCUCGGAGCGAUUUAGUAUCUGUACUGAAGGAGAGGAUAGAAGCAAUACCAGAUGGAUCAACAAGUGGAGCUAAACAAACUGGUGGUUGGACAGAUUCAGCCCCAUACGCAGGAAUCAAAAUUGAUUCGACUUCAGAUGGGAGAUAUGAGACUGAGUACUUUCAACACACUGAGGAGUCGGAUCGCUUUAGGCAGGAGUUCGAAAUGCGAAGAAUGAAACAGGAUCAAGGUUUAGAAGUUAUAGCAGAAGGAUUGGACACAUUGAAAAAUAUGGCCGGUGACUUGAAUGAGGAAAUAGAUAGGCAAGUUCCCUUGAUGGAUGAAAUAGAUGAUAAGGUUGACAGGGCAAAUGCUGACCUUAAAAAUACUAAUGUGAGACUCAAGGAUACCAUAAUCAAGCUGAGGUCCAGCAGGAACUUCUGCAUCGAUAUCACCCUCCUGAUUAUAAUUUUAGGAAUUGCAGCCUAUUUGUACAAUGUCUUGAAGUGA